AUGCGCACCUGCCUCGUCAUCUGCCCCGUGAACACCCUGCUCAACUGGCACCGAGAGUGGCGUCAGUGGAUGCCCGCGGACCGCGAGGUUGACGUCUUCGAGGUAGCCACCCAGGGCGGUGUCCUCCUUCUCGGCUAUGAUGCCUACCGUAACCUGACGACCACCACCAUUAAGCGUACCCGCAGACCCGCUAUGAAGGAGGUGCUCACGAAGGCAUUAAUUGAUCCUGGACCGGAUAUUGUGGUCUGUGAUGAGGGCCAUCUGCUUAAGAACUGCAAAGCUGGCAUUACCAAGGCUGUGUCCAAACUGAAAACUCCGAAACGGAUAGCCAACCGCAUCAUCGUCGGUUUCCUGAUUUUAUUCUUACAAAGGCAAAGAACACGAGCCAAUUUGACACUUUCAGAUGAUUCUUUUCUCUUUCCAGCUUAUGUUAUUUGUAAACCAACCGCAAUAUGGUACUCUUUUCUAGACUGGACGAUGGUUAACUUCGUGAAGCCGAACUUAUUGGGUUCGGCCAAGGAGUUUGCCAAUCGUUUCAUCAAUCCAAUAAAGAACGGGCAGCAUUCCAAUUCCACUGAGCGGGAUGUCAAGAUAAUGAAAAAGCGUGCUCACAUCCUGUUCAAGACUCUUGAUGCCUGUGUCCAACGAAGAGACUACAGUUGCCUGACCAAGUACCUACCCCCGCGGCUGGAGUAUGUCCUCAAGAUCCGCCUGUGUGAAGUCCAACGCGACCUUUACAAGGCCUUCCUGGACUUCCGUCAGGGCAGUGUUAAGGACGGCGAACUGCAGGAAGACCGUCGUUCCCUGUUCAAGGACCAGCAGACGCUCUAUCGUGUCUGGACCCACCCCAACACCCUGCGCAUGCACGAAAACAGGGAGGCCAGGCGGCUUCUUUUCCAAGAUUCGACCACUGAAGAAGAAUUCACCUCCUCCGACGACUCCUCAAAAGAGGAAGAAGAAGACGAAGAGGAGGAGGAGGAUGACGAGCGCGAGAUGGAUUUAGCCGCCUCCUCCCAAUCAUCGACCAACGAUGACGACGAGGAUGAAAUUGACAUUGCUUCCGCGGCCUCGUCAACUUCAUCGGCGCCGGCUGCUCGUGCCACCCGUGCGACUGCCCGCCGCAGUUGUAGGAAAGCCACCAAUUCCAACCCAAGUGAUGACAAAAAGGCGAGCAAAAAAGCUGUGAAGAAGUCAUCCGAGAAAAAGUCCUCUUCUGUAGUCAAUCUGCUUUCUUCUAGUGAUGAGGACGACACUGCAGGUAUUGAUGCUGCCGGCUACGAUGACGAGAUAGAUGAUGCUAAGAGCGAUGGCACUCCCACCAUCGUUCCCGGCUCUAGUGACUCCUCCCUUCAAAUGUCUCCUAACAUUCGUCUAGAGGUCAAUGAGAGGGCAGCCAAAGUCAAAGCAAAACUGGCCCUUGAUAGAGAUAAGCCGGAUGUGAAGACAGCGGACGAUAAACCUUGGUGGCACGCCCUGUACCGAGACGAGUUCGAUCACCGUAUCGAUGUUGGCAGCAAGUUGCACGUCCUCUUCCAGCUGAUUCGCCGCUGCUGCGAUAUUGGUGAUAAGCUACUCAUCUUUACCCAGAGCCUCUUCUCUCUGGAUCUGAUCGAGUACUUCCUUGCCGCCAUCGAUCGUCAGUGGUGUCAGAAUCAGGUAUGA